AUGGAAGUGACUAUCACUAUAGACCUUAAGUCAAAAAAAAGCAAGCAAGAGUUAAGAUUGUUGAAACCGAAGCCUAUAUCGGAAAAAUUGACCGAGCCUGCCACGCACAUCAAGAAAAUAGAUCGAAAUGAAAAAGGAGACCCCCAAGGAGUAUUAAUCCGAGCCGCUGAGCCACUUGACCAUCAUACUAUUCCGGUUAGUUCUCUUUACGAUGAAAGAAAAAAAUAUCACUACUAUACUAAUGGACCCGGCAAAUUAUGUCGAGCCCUAAACAUUGAUAUAAGUCUUAAUAAUGUUGAUUUAACCACCAGUGAUUUAAUUUAUUUAGAAGACCAACCAGAACUUAGCCCAGACAAAAUUAUUGCUACUACAAGAGUUAACAUUGAUUAUGCGGGAGAUGAUAAAGACCGCUUAUGA